AUGGACUCGGAUUGUGAGGAGCUGGCGCAUGACACAGUGGGAAUCGUGUCAUCCCAGCUUGCAAGGUCCGAGUGCGAUGAUAAGGUGUCCGAGGCAGAGCUCGAGCAAUGUGUCAAGAUGGCGGCUCGCUUUCAGAAAGUUCAAAAGAAGUGGGCCAGUGAGUUGUUGAUAGAUCCAAACCAGCCACAUUUGGGAAGUUGGAUUGCAGGGAGAUGGACUUCAGACUUUCAUUUUUCAGUCAUGUGUCUUCCCUGCGCCCAGAAAUAUGGAAAGGAUUCGGACAAUCCUUGGGUCGUUGGUGGCUUGAAGCUAGUUUCCUCGUUGCAGCUUGGCCAUGCAAAGCGGCAUCAAGACAGCUUCUUGCACCAAGAAGCAGUCAAGCAUUUGGCAAGUGGAAGUGAUCAUCUUGAGAGUGACAAGCCUGUGCGCAACAAACCUGAGCUGCGCACUGCUUUGCAGUUGGCCUGGGACAGUUGCCGGAAAGGUUCCAGCUUUGCGGCUGCUUCCAGCGACGAAAUUGGCUCGCGGGAGAAAGUGGGCCGAUUGACACGUGCUCUUGGCACUGCACUCAAGAAAACCGACCAAGAAGUGUUGAGAAAGGCGUACACAAUCGCUCUGCACCAAGAUACACGGCAAGGAGUGUUGUGCCUGAGGUAUGCCUGCGCUUCUUUGGAUUCCAGUGUGGUUCAUCGUGGCGUUUGUGGAUUCUGUCACAACCCGGGCACUAAGUCAGAGGACAUUGAAGCAGGGGUCCUGUCCAUCUUGGACGAUCUUUGUGAUGGAGACCACGAGCUCCUACUUCAUGUGUGCGACAGUGUUGAGCUGAUAGACUCUGAUGGAGCCAGCGAUGAGCAAAAGUCAUUACGUGACUGUGGUGCUGAAGUCCAACAUGUGAAGAACUUGGGCUUGUCGCACGAUCGCUUUGACUCAGCGUCCAAGCCCCUUGGACGAUUCGUGACAUGUUUUGACAGCGUUUGGCGCACUGCCCGGCAUAUUUCUGCCAGUCGGCGGGGCACCGAGCCAGCCCGAAAAGCAAACGAUUUCCUGAGGCAUGCGUGUGUUGAGUCACUGGUGCAGUGCGCAAUGCUUGCAGAUGCGGCAUUUGAAAGUUUGGAAGUCAUCAGGUUUCACGACACAGAGAAUUUUGAUCUCAGCUCAGUGCCCAAAGUACUUGCGAACUUCCUCCACAGGAUUGACGUUCUUUUUCUCAGAAAAGAGGUGGUGAAUGUCGGACACACAAAGCUUAUGCUGCACACCUUGGCCACAGAGCGCACCUGCGAGUUGCACCCUGAGGGGGUAUUCAAAAGCCUGGGUGGGGCUGGGGCGGUGCAAAGGGACAUUCUUGACCGCUGCUUUGCCCGCAUGGCUGUUUGGGUACGACUUGCCACUGAGAGGAUUGAGGUUGAAUUUCCAUCCUGGCGUGCGUUGCACUUGUUUGAGGUUUUCGACCUUGGCAUGGCGCGUGGUGACGCAGCUGGCUCUAAACUUCAACAGCUUGCAGGCAUUUUUGGGGUCGAAGACACUGAUGCUUUGACCUCUGAAUUUCACCACAUUCGCGUCAAUGCAUUGCAGCUUUUGGAAAGAUGGGAAAGUGAAAUCCUCCAAGGAGAUGCACGCGACACCGCAGUGCGGAGGGGAUUGCAGCUGUGGAUUGAUAUGUACGGCGAGUUCCGGAAGCAUGCGCAGAACACUCGGUGGAAGCGAUUGCGAUGCAGUGUUGACUCAGCUGGCCAGGAAACAGCCUUUCAUCGCAAACGGAAAAUUGAAGUGGAGCAGGUGAGCGACAGCCACCAGCAGCGAAAGAAACAAGAACUGCUAGAACAUGCUGAAGAAGCAGGACUAGAUGCAUGGCAAGAAGUUCAUGAGAAAGAGUUGGAAAAGCUUCAAAACCAGCACUGGGAGUUCAUGAAGGAUGCCUACAACCAACAGCUGUUGCCAGCAGAACUGGCUGACGCACAACUCAUCGCUGAAGCGGACGAAAAGCUGGCCCGACGAAGGCAGCGGGAUGAUGAAAAUUCCAAGAAGUUGGGGAAGAUUGCAAGAAUGUGGGACAGGCCAGUGUUCAAUCUAGCAGGAGCGUCAAUUUGCGUGCUCGUGCUCAAUGAUGAUUCUGAGCUUGAUCAGAUUGCAGAAGUUGUGGCCAAGCAUAAGAUGGACCUAGUAGAUGAAGAAUUGAUUUCAAAGGCCGAUUACCUUGUGAUCCACAACUUGGAUGUGGUGCCGAACAAGUUUCUCGCCAUAGCAGGUUUGACAGGCAAAACAAUCUGCAAUGUGACGUACUUGUGCUCAGAAGGUGUGGAGGGUGCGGCCAUGGCCUUCAAGCCAGCCGUGGCAUCCAUCAGGCAUGUAUGGCUUUCGGAUGCUUUUCGGCAGGAAGAGAAUGACCUGGCCAAAGCCAUUGAUUCAGCGAUGAGCUGUCCGUUGAGCAAAUGGCAAAGAUGGGACGAGAUGAAGUUUCUCCAGAAGAUGUGCAGCAAUCCUAAGGGCUAUAAGUUCAUAG